AUGUGCUCUAUUUUCAAACUGCUUCCAUCAAGGCGAGACAGCGGAUCCUUACCUGGUGUCAUUCCUGGAUCAUUGCCGACGGCCGGAGGGCUUGGAAGACCAGCCACUGGAAGUGGAUCUGGAGGACCAUGAUUUGUCCCAGCCCAGUGGUGCCACUUGCUCAACUUUGCAAUUGAGAAGAAACCAGGCGAGAUUCGGGUGGACCCCAUGCGCACAAUCCAAAUGAUGAAUUCGGAGCUCCAGGCCAACAACAAGAGAGUGGGGAAAUCGGCCAUGGCCUACGCAGAGAAGCACAACUUGAUCCCAAAAGGACAACAUGGGUCUCGCAAGCGCCACCAGGCCAUCGAUCUGGUCCUUACAAAGCGUCUCACUUGGGACCUCUUGCAUCUUCAACGCCGCCCUGUCGGGUGGAUCUCCAACAAUGCCAAGUCCUGCUUUGAUUGUCCAUCUAAGCACCAGGUGCGUGCGGGGUUUGGCGAUUCCGACCGUGUCUUUACUCCCCCAACCCUGAUCCCAUUCCAAGGGUGUGGACAAGGCAAUGGGGCAGGACCUCCUAUCUGGGUUGCAAUUAGCUCCAUUCUCUCGGGGAUGAUUAUUUGCAAAGGCUUUGGCUUUGACUUUCUGAUGUCAAUAUCUUGGGCUCCGCUCUUGGCCGAUUGCUUUUGUUUUGUCGAUGACACUGAUGUCUGCCAAGCAGCAUUGUCUCCUGACCAGUCUAGGGAAUCUGUUGUCCCAGAGGUGGCCAAAGCACUGACAUGGUGGUCCAACGGCGUCCGCCUUACUGGUGGCGCCAUCCGACCAGAUAAAUCCUUUUGGUAUCUGAUUGGCUUCAAGUGGAAUGCCCAACAAGGUGUAUGGAAAUUCCGACGGAAGGGGGAUUUCAAACCACCCCUUCUUCCAACAGGCAUGUCGGAAAUUGCGGUUGAACUGGAUGAUUUGGAUGGCACCCCAGUGCAUCUACAGUGGUUGGAACCGCACAAAUUGGCUAAGACUUUGGGUAUCCUGAUGUCCCUCUGCUUAUACAGGAAAGUGCAACUUGUGGUGAUGCAGGGAAAAGCAAAAGCAUGGGCGGAUCAGAUCCAACCUAGCUUCCUCCACUGA